AUGUUUAAUCAACUGAGUACUCUAGUGCUUUGGAACUCGAACAAACUCGAGUGUUUCUAUGUUGGAGAACAUACUCUAUCAUGUCCAUCUUUGAGGAAAAUUAAUGUUUUCAAAUGUUCAAAAUUGAACUUGUAUAGAACUCUUUCCACAGGCAGCUCUAAAAGUAGUUUUCAACAUGACAAACUCUCAGUCGUAACUCAACGACCACCUUUCAUCGCCGAAGAGGUUAUUCCAAACUUGGAGAGGUUGAGGAUAGAACAAAAGGAUGCUGACAUGAUAUUGCAAGCCCAAAACUCAAGUGCCCUCUUUACCAAACUGACCUUUCUUGGUUUAGGAUUUUAUAACAAUGAAGACUCUACAUUUCCUUAUUGGUUUCUUAAUAAUGUGCAUACUCUUGAGGUGUUAGUUGUUGAGUGGAGUCGCUUCAAGAAGAUUUUUCAAAACGAAAAACAAACAAGUGAGAAGACUCAUACACGGAUAAAAAAUCUGGUAUUGAGUGAAUUACAUAAACUUCAACAAAUAUGUGAGGAAGGAUCUCGAAUUGACCCAGUUCUUGAGUUCCUUGAACACUUAUGGGUUGCUAGCUGUUCUAGUUUGACAAAUUUGUUGCCUUCCUCUGUCACCCUUAAUCAUUUGAAUUAUCUAGAGAUAAUAAGUUGCAAUGGUCUAAAAAGUUUAAUUACAACUCCAACGGCACAGAGUUUGGUCAAACUCACAACACUUAAGGUAAGAGAUUGUAAAUCACUUGAAGAAAUAAUUAUCGGAGUAGAAAGUGUUGACAUUGCAUUUGUUAGUUUAGAAGUUUUGAUGUUGGAAUGUUUGCCAAGCCUCAACAAAUUUUGCUCUAGCAAGUUCUUCUUGAAGUUUCCAUUGUUGGAGAAAGUAAUUGUGAGAGAAUGUCCUUACAUGAAGAUAUUUUCAGAAAGAAACCCAAGUACACCAAAUCUUCGAAAAGUUAAAAUUGCAGAAAAUGAAGAGGAAUGGCAUUGGAAGGGAAACCUAAAUGAUACAAUAAAAAAAAUGUUUGAAGAAAAGGUUGCAUUUUCUAAAGCAUUUAUGGUUCGGCCAAGUGGAUCAUCAGAAUUGCUACAUAAAUUGGAAGAACUAGAAGUGAACAACUGUGAUUCAUUAGAAGCCAUAUUUGAUGUUAAAGGUAUGAAGUCUAAUGAAUCAAUAUUGAUAAAACAAAGCAGUCAAUUGAAGACGUUGACUUUGUCUUGUUUAUCAAACUUGGAGCACAUAUGGAACGAGGAUCCUCAUGAAAUUAUGAACUUUGGAAACCUAUGCUCGGUGGAUGUUUCUUCGUGCCAAGGCUUGUUAUACAUCUUUUCAUUGUCCAUGUGCCAAGAUCUUGAAAAUCUUGAAAUGCUUGAGAUAGAUUCUUGCGGAGUCGAGGAUAUUGUUGCAAUGAGAGACGGAUCAAUGAAAAUUAGUUUAAAAUGCCCUUCAUUGAAGAUUUUGAAUGUAUGUCGUUGUGAAACAUUGAGAAUGUUUUCCUUCAACAAUUUAGACUUGCAAAAACCUGAGUAUUUGGUGGAUGAAAGUUCCCAACAAGCCCUUUUUUCUAUUGAAAAGCUAAGCACCAACCUGGAGGAAUUGACGAUAAAUGCAAAGGAUGCCUUUAGAAUGUUGAAUGAUUACUGUCAAGAAAAUAUCUUUCCUAAAAUACAACUUCUUCAUUUGCAACGCUUUGAUGAAACUCCAACUGUUUUUUUGAAUGAUUUCCAUGCAAUAUUACCUAAUCUAACAACUCUUCAAUUGAGUAAUAGUUGUUUUGAAACAUUAUUCCCUUCAAAAGGAACUCCUGGAAAUCUCAAUGAUGAACUUUCUAAGCAAAUAAAAGAGUUGUGGCUUUAUGAAUUGGAAAAGAUGAAGUAUAUUUGCCACGAAGAUUUUCCAUUGAAUCUUGAAGAUUUAUACGUAAGUAGUUGUCCAAGUUUGAUAUGCUUGAUACCAUCGUCCACAUCUUUCACAAAUAUGACGACUUUGGAGGUGAAUGAUUGCAAAGAGUUGUUUUACUUGAUAACAUCUUCAACAGCUAAAAGCUUAGUUCAGCUCAGAGAAUUAAAAAUAAAGAAGUGUGAGAAGAUGUUGGAUGUUGUGAAGAUUGAUGAUGAAAAAGUAGAGGAAGACAUCAUAUUUGAAAAUUUGAAAAUCUUGAAGUUCAUUACUUUGUUAAGUUUAAGAAGCUUCUCAAGUGGGAAACAAACAUUCAUAUUCCCAUCUUUGGUGCGUUUUGUUGUUAAAGGAUGUCCUCAAAUGAAGAAUUUUUCACUAGGAGUCACAGACGCACCAUGCUUGACAGAAAUUGAAGCUGAAGAGGAAAAUUUACGAUGGAAAGGUGAUCUUAACACAACUAUUGAACAAUUGUUCAUAGAAAAGCAAGCCCCACAUUGUGAUGGGACCAUCGUAUCAUCAUAUUCCCAAGAUGAUGAGAUCGCAUGUGAAGAUGGUAUCGAUGUAGAAGCUAAGGAGUGA